AUGAUUUCUGAAAGGGAUGUGUCUGUACACCCUCCUGCAACUGCUGGAUUUCAUAUUGUAGGAUAUCUCUUGAACUGGGGUUUUUUUGGUGCUCUAUGUGUUCAAGUCUUUCUCUACUAUUGGGCAUUUCCAAAAGACAAACUCUUCUUGAAAUUAAUUGUUUAUGGCCUAUUUGCCUUGGAUAUUAUUCAAACUGCACUCAUCACCAGUGAUGCAUUCCUCAAGUUUGGGACACAUUUUGGCAAUGUCACCAUAUUUGCUUCCCUGAAGAAUCUCUGGCUCUCAGUUUUUGUCAUAAAUGCUAUUACUGGUGCCAUUGUCCAACUAUUUUUUGCUUAUCGUAUUUCAGUCUUGUCCAAAUCCAGAAUUCUAGGAGCACUAGUUGCUCUUUUGGCUGUUGCUGGAUGUGCAGCUGGUAUUGCAAGUGGUGUUCAGGCCAAAAUCAGUAAACUCAACAAUCUGGCAGCCAUUGCUUAUAGUACAAGGGCUGAAGUUAGUGCCUGGCUAUCUACUAGUGCAGCUUGUGAUAUUGUUAUUACAACUAGUAUGGUUAUAAUUCUCUCUCAGAACAGGGGAACUGGUCUUAAUCCUGAGACUGAUGAUGCUGUUAAAAAAAUAAUUUGGUUGACUGUUGAGACAGGUGGGCUUUAA